AUGGCGCAGAACGCCAUUGGCAAACUCUUCCGCGGCCAGAGUUCCGGUUCUCUGCGUCAAUCAAUUGGGUCCCUGACACAGAAGCGCGGCUACUCGAAAAAUGGCAUUCCUACUUUCACCAAAACCUCCUCCGCCGACUUGGACGCCGCCCUGGACCAUUUCCGGGAAGAGCUCUUCAUCCCAUUUGGACUGAGAACAUCGCAAAGAAGAACGAUGUUCCGACAGAAGUACGUCGAUCAAUUAAACGAGGAACCCAUCACCGUCCCCAUCAGCGAGACCGAAAACUUCACGCUCCGGCACAUGGACCCGCUGAAGAUGCCGUCGGUGAAGGAGGCCGUGGACGUGAUCGCCAAGAUGCAGACGACAAAUGACUGGCAGAACCUGCUGCCGUUCCUUUCCGGACUUCAAAUGUCGAAUCGAAAGAUCAAACCCGACCGGUGGGAGUGGGUGGUGCGCAGGGCCGCUAAGGCCGAUGCGCUGGGUAUCAUUCUCGAGUGCGCCAAGCGGUCGGAGCGGACCAAUCUGCGACUGAACGAUGCCGGACUCGUCAAGCGUCUGUUUUUCGAACUGCACCGGAAGGCUCAGGAGGGAGAAUUCAAGGAUCCUGCCAUAACCAAGGCUGUGAAGCUGGCGCAGCAGUUUGUAAUGCUGAUGGAAGCUCCCCAACACCUCGAUCAGAACCGGGACACGGAUCCUAAAAGAAAGCCAGCGGUGAUCGGCGUCUUGUUGGAACUCAGUGCCGCUCAUGCAUUGAAUGUGAAUUCAACACGGGACGAGGGCCUCUACGUUCGUACCUAUGCUGAGCGUCUGCUAGGGAGCUGGCAAUUUGGCAACUUCAGCAGUGAGGUCAAGGAUUGGCGCAGCGUCGACCUUAUGCUUCAGGAGAACGUGCCUAUCUACAACGGUAUGAAACUUGCUUUGCAGGUUCACGGAAUCUCCAACGAAAACUCGAUUGCUCGUGGUUUGAAGACGCGCAUUAAUGAGCUGGGUAUCUUGAUCGCGAACCAGAAGAAACUGGCACCCGAGAAGAUCCAGCAACAGCCGAGCACCGGUCUGGAACACGCUCAUCUCUUGCACCGGGGUUAA